UACUCAUGAGGGCUGCACAAUAUAUUGUUGAACAAAUGACUUUUUAUUGCACUUUAAGUAUUGUGAGAUAUUUUCUGCAAUCAAGUCAUUUGAGUUCAUACAUCUGUGUAUAAAAUUCUGUUCUGUGUUCACUGUUCAGUGAGACUUAAACACAUUUACACGGAGAAUGAAGACUUCCUCCAGAAAAAGUAAGGAGAUGGGGGAUCAUUUUUAUAAAUAAUCCCACAUUAAACGUGUUACCACUUUUGAGAGAAUGAACACUCUAAACAAUUUACUGUCAAGACUGAAAGAAUUCUUUUGGUGGGCACUAGUAAACCAAUCGAUGAAAAUAAAAAUACUCCAGGAUGCUCCAGAAAAACUGCUUCCCUUGUAAGGAAUCUAGGGUUAGAUACUGUGCUUGGCCAUCAGGAAUUAAUUACACAACAAGCAAAACAAAAACCAUGCUGUUUCUGCGUGCAGCCUUUCAAGACGUUUGGAUUAAUAUUUAUUAUUAAGAAAACCACCAAAAUCUCAGGCCCUAAAAGGAUGAGUUUUUCUCACCCAUCCUCUGCCGGAGUUUAUUGUCUUUUUCGCAAGAGAUGCAAGCAGAAAUGGGAAAAAUGUAAUCUCAGUGACUUUGACCGUGGCGUGGUUGUUGGAGCCAGAUGGGAUGGUUUGAGUAUUUCAGAAAUUGCUGAUCUCAACAGUCUCUAGAGUUUACACAGAAUAGUGUGAAAGAAAAAAAAAAAAAUAAUGUUAAUGAGAGGUCAAAGGAGAAUGGCCAGACUGGUUCAAGCUGACAGGAAGGCUACAGUAACUCAAAUAACCACUCGUUAGAACAGCAGAAAAACAUCUCUGACCGCACCACAGGUAGCAAACUGAUGCUAUGUUGUUAUGAAAAGUGUUCGUUUGCCGAUGCUGGCCCAGCAUUGUCACCCGGAAUAGACGUUGGGCUAGCAUCAGUUUGCUACGUGAGAUUUAUGUGCAUUUCUAAUAGGAGCUAAUAUUCUACAGUAGUUAAUCUCAGCUGCUCUCUUCUAUCUCUUCUACAUCAAGAGAGAAAAAGUUUUUCAGUCUCACAAAUAGCUGGGUUUAUUAAAAGUGAUUUUCUAAAUGACCCACAUACAUGUAGCUACAAUACUAAAUCAAAUCCUUUCUGUAUGCUUCUCCAGGUUUUCAGAGCUGGAUGCAGAGCUGAAUGUUUUGCUGUAAUAGAGGCAGAGUGAUGGGAGAAGUUAAGUGUUAAGUGUAGAGGAAUGUAAACCUCUGCACCUAAACUAGACCUGACCUCCAAAAAUUUACACUGUGUGUGUGUGUGUGUGUGUGUAUGCACCACAAAGUCACAAAAGUCAGAAAUAUCUGUGUCUGUUUUGUGUUAUUAUCAAGAUGAUGAAAACAGACAGUCAUUUCCAUUACAUGCUGAAUGAUUCUGUUUUUGGACAUUUGAUUUCCAAGCAGUCUUUGCUACCAGACUGGAGAAAAUUCAACUUGUUAAGCUUCAGAGUUGAUCCUGCAGCCAUUAAGACCUCCACUUGCAUAAAUCCUUUCUUAUGCUUUAUUAAUUUCUUUACAAGACCCAAUACUAAUCCGACAGGAGACAGUUCUAAUAACAAAAAAUCAUAAUUGUACGCUAUAUGACCUAAAGGUUUGUGGACACCAGACUGUCUGACCUAAAUUAUAGUUUCAUACAAUGAGCUCCAAUCUUCUGAGAAGUCUUUCCACUAGAUGUUGGAGCGUGACUGUGGGGAUUUGUGUUCAUUCAGCUACAAGAGCAUUAGUGAGAUCAGGCGCUGAUGUUGGGUAAGGAGUCUCCAGUUCCAGUAAACCUCAGAGGUGUUCAGUGGGGUUGAGGUCAGGGCUCUGUGCAGGACACUCGAGUUCUUCCACUCCAACCUUCACACACCAUGUCUUCAUGGAGCUCGCUUUGUGCACAGGAGCAUUGUCAUGCUGGAACAGGUUUGAGCCUCUUAAUUCGAGGGGAAACUGUAAAGCUACAGCACACAGAGACGUUCUAUACAAUUGUGUCCUACAGACUUAUGGGUGUAAUGGAGAGGGGUGCACAUACUUUUGGUUAUAAAGUGUAUCUCUGGCAUGCUCUGUGAUUAUUUUCGUUUUUAGCAGUCUGUAUUAAAUUUCUUACCAACACAAAUGGGGUGAAGAUUAACAUUCCUGUUGUUUAUGCUAUAUAACGUGCGUAUUCUCUGCUUGUCACUAGGGGGCAGUAGAGAUCAGAGUUCUGCUCCUAUGAAAACAUGGCGGACAUGUCAACCGGACAUAGGCGACUAACUAGAGGCACGUGCGUAUUAAUGCCCUGGUGAUUAAUAGUAAACAGUUUUUCACUGUGCUGAGGAUUAGGACUCGUUAGGCGGGUGUGAGUGGCUUGUUUUAGUUAAACGUGUAAGUUGGAGUGUGUUGAGUCGUGAUCAGUGUGAGGCGGAUUCGAACCGGUGGAGAGGAGCUGCUGGGGCUGGAGCUGGAGCUGUAGCGUGGACCAACACGGUGCUGAUGUGCUGCUCUGACAGCUGUGCUGUGAAACCUCGUUAAUGGGGGUUCCCUGCAAAAACGACACAGAGGAUCCGAAUAAACAGAAUAACCACAUGGACAGUGGAACCGAUGGUGAUUUGAAUGGAGAUACACUAGGGGCCAAAGUGCUUCAAGACUCUAAUAUUAAAAGUAACACACUUGAAGAGAUGUAUGAAGGACAGACAGGAGCCAGCUCUCAGGGUCCCUCUGAUACUGAACAAGAGGUUUUACCACCACGCACCAAAUCAAAUAAAAGGGGACGUCCAAGAAAGACACUAAAAAACACCCAAGACACGGGUCCAGCAAAAACGAAGUCUGUCGCCAGUGAAGCUGCUGUUAAUCACGACAGCCCUGCCUUUCCAGAAAGCUCCGAGAUGACUCCAAGUGGACGCCCAAAGAGAAAAGCUGCCAAAGUUGCUCUGGAGUACCUUCAGAAUAUUAGCAAAGACCUUGAAAAGUCUGAAAAAUCCACAAAGAGUGAGCAAAACGGACUGGACCGGUCGAGCAGUCCCUCUCCGAGGAAACCCUCAGGAAGAGGAAGAGGGAGAGGGCAGAAAAGGAAAGCUCCGGACUACGACAGCGAUCAGAACGACGAUGCCGACUUUGACCCGGGGAACCACGGAGAGGUGGAAAGUGAGGAGGAUGAGGAUGAAGACUAUGAAGAUUCAGUGUCAUGUAAACAACCGUAUAAAAGGAUGCCGUAUAACCACAAGGUGGUUGGAAAUAAUGGGCUUUCCAGCUGUGCCAUGCAACCUGUUUGGGCAUCCUUCAGAAACAACAAAGAAUUCCGUGAUAAGCAUUCCUCCCCGUGGGUGUUUCCUGAGUGGAUUCCUUCAGUCAGUGACUGGCACAUAUUAUCGUCCAGGGAGGCAGAAAAAUAUUUACCCCAGGAGAAGGAGUCGAUGAAUUUUACGUUAUGCCGCGAGGGAAUCAAGGGACAGGAUACACUGCAGAGGGUGAAAAGGUUUGAAUCCAUGACACCGAAUGCAGAAAGGUGGGACUCUCUGUUCUUCGUUGGAGGCCCCGUCUGGGCCAUGGAGUGGUGUCCUAUCCCUGAAGGUGCUGCACAUACGCAAUAUGCUGCCCUUUACUGUAACGGAAAUAUGGAUGACCGACACAAGAUGAACAAACUUCACACAGAACAUGCUCUCCUCCAGCUGUGGGAUCUGGGCAAGCUACAGAUGAGUAGACCUUUGUCAUCCCCGCGCUUAGCCUACGCCCUGGCGGUGGAUGAUGGUUGCAUCUGGAGCUUGAAGUGGUGUCCUGCAGGAGCCUGGGAGCUUCCUACCACCGUCAGAAAGGCCCCACACGUGCCUCGACUGGGACUCGUAGCCGCAGCCUUUUCUAAUGGAAAUAUUGCUGUUUACAGUCUGCCACACCCAGAGCAUCUACCAGCCCAAAAUCAAGCUACAGGAGAAAGCAGCCAGGAACCGCAGAUAUACAGGGUGCAGCGCAUCAUGACUGUGAAGGUUGGCUCGAGCCAGGCAGAUCACGACGGCCGAAGUGGACUGUGUUUCGCUCUCGACUGGCUCCCAGUUAAACCACACAACAUCCUGGCUGCAGGCUUCUGUGAUGGUAUGGUGUCUUUAUGGGAUCUGAGCACUAAGUCUCCCUUGCUUAGAGUUAGAUCUCCGGACAGAUGUCUCUCUCUCUACCCCUAUCACUGCUUCUUGGCUCAUGACAACACCAUUCGCCGCCUCAGCUGGUGCAGGGCCUCGAGUGAGUUGAUGGUGACAGUAGGGGAUGAUCGCAUGGUUAAACUGUGGAACUUGACUAAGACCUGCACUCCUCUUCAGGCAAUAAAGCGCUUCCUGCCCACUGAUGUGUCCUGGCCUGUCUUUUGGCCAGGAGUUUUUCUCACCCAGGAGUCGUGCUAUGCCACGCUUGGGCAACAAGGACUUCACUACCUUGAUUCAGGUUACUUCGGUAUUAAGCCUUUUUUCGUUUGUACAAGGAAAGCUACUGUAUGGAGCUUCUCUGUGUCCGACUGGAUGAACUGCUGUGUCAUCGGGGACAACAUUGGAGAGUUUGUUUGCUCUGUGCUGUGUGACCCAAACUGCAACUACAGCAACAGCAAGAGACAUCGAUUUCCGGUGUACAGGACAGAGCUGGUGCAGUUUGAGCCUGGGCAGAGAUUUGAGGAAGCUCAGCUCAAGGAGGAAAAGGAGGAAGAGCGUGACUCUAUCCAGCAGGAACCUCAGACCUACAGAGAGGCUGUGAGAAAAUACUACCUCCGCUUCCACGACAUGGACCUUAGGUCUUUUAUAAAAUAUCAGCAGAAGCCUAUACUGAAGCAGCUGCACGCCUCAGAGACUAAAGGCCUGCUUUUUGUGGAUCAGAUGCCUCUGAAUGCUCUCUACAAGGUGUGUUUCAACCCAAACAUGGACGCUCACAGCUGGGUGCUGUCAGCUGGCCAGUCGGGGCUCGUGCGUGUUCACUGUGUUAGUGGCCUGGAUGGUCCUGUAAUGCACAAACUCAUUCGCGAGGCCCAAGCACAGUUUAGCACCAUGUUCUGCUCUCAGGAAAAUGACACAUCUGCUACCGCCGUCCACCAGUGCACGGCAGAGACCGUGCAAGUGCCCUAGAUGCUCUAAAAUAAGCCAUGUAAACACACUUGAUCAACCAAUAUAGGCUUUAUGGUGUGGUUCAUUAAUCUCAAGUCCAAUCCUUUGUUUUUACUCUUCUAUGACUUCACGUAGACUAUCAGAUUUUUUAAAAAGAAUCCUAACUUAUUUUGGGGACUGGAAAAGAUAGUGCUAUUUUGGUACAGUUUGUGAAAGCUUGUAGGUUUUAUAUUUUGUGCACUUUGUUUUUAUUCAUUGCUGUGUUGUACAGUUAUACAGAAAAGGAGUUGUGUCAUGACAUCAACAGCACUUUUGAGCUGCUACAGAUUUUUUCUAAAAAUGAAGACUUUCUAGGUUUGGUUUUAUUUAUAUGCAGAUGUAUUAAGCAUUUUGUAUAAUGUGUUUGUGUCCUAAUUAAACAAGUCACCAGUAUAUUUUGAU